AUGGGUUUUCAAGCAUGCUUUCAAGCCGCAGAUCAAACGCGUUUGCGAGGUGGUGGAAGCGAACGCCAUGAAGCGCCAGGCCGAGGUCAAGAAGGUCUGGAAGCCGAGGACUUGCCCGCCCGUCGAUUCAUCACCGAGGAGGUCGCCAAGUUCAAGUGCUGGCAGGCAUCGCAAGGGGCGGUGCCCUAUUUGGCGGCCUUGCAGGCGAUGGCCGAAAAGAUCCGACGUGAGGAAUAUGCCAAGAUGGAGCACAAACUGAAGGUCCGGCCUGGCACGAAACAUGUGUUGCGUCACGUGGGCAAUGAUGGAAAGCCCAGCUUUUUGGCUAAGGGCUUGCAAGAGAAGGAAAAGGAUGCCUUGGACAAGCUGACAAGGUUUGACUGGCUACCCUCCUGCUUUCUGCAAGAGUCGCGACGGCUGUACUUCACUCCCAAGCGCCGUCGGCACCGGGGGAAGCAGCUGCCGGAUGCGCAGGACCCGCCUACGCCGGCGAAGACGGAGAAGCUGCUGAAGACGCUGGAGCCCUUCGAGGUCUUUGAGGCCAUGCCAUCGCCCCUGAAGGGCUCUCAAAGCUUUCCACCCAAGAUGCCAGCAGCUGAAGUCAAGGCCACCGCAACGCCCAAAGGGUCACCGUUAUUGAAACGCUUCCGACAUAGGAAGCAAGAGCACAAGGUCAACAUUUCCCCAGUGGAGGACCAUGUGAAGAGCGUGGCAAAGACCGCCUUCCAAAAAGUGCCAUCGGACAAGCUGGUGGUAGGCCUUCCCUUUGAAUGGGCUUCGCGGCUGAUGAGCGAUGAGAAGCCCUCGAGGAUCUUAAAAGCGACACCUUCCAGGUGA